UUGGAAAAUACUUGGGACUUAUCUUCCGGCUUACUCGCAUGAACCGGAAAGUUGUAAAUAGAAACAUUGAACAUGCAUUAGCCCCCAAGUGCCAAGAGUCUUUGCUUGGAAAACACUUGGGACUUGAAAUUUGUAUAGCAAUUGUUCAUGCUAUAACCCAGACAUUUAUACAGGCUGUUGGCAAGAAGCUUGAGGCUGACCUUGCCGAUCUUAAGAACCGGCUGAAGAUGCAAGAGAUGGAGACCCGGAAGGCAAAUGCCAAGUUCGUGCCCAGCAUCGCCUCACAAGAGAAGCUGAAGACAGAGUUUGACGCUGAACGAAAAGCGUGGGCCGAAGGAAAGGCCGCAUUGGUGAACCGGGCUGAUCAGGCGGAGAGGGCCCUGUCAGAGAAGACGGCCAAACUCUCUGGCUUAAAGCGCCAAGUGUCUCAAAUGGUUGCUGCAAUCUUCGGUUCCAGAAGUGCCAACCUCAACCAAAGCGUGGUGGUGGAGCUUUCUAGUAUUGUGGUGGCGUCGACAAUAGUAUGGCUUGGUAAGAUGAAUGCAUUGAUCGCUGUUGAAAAUGGGAUGGCGGAAGAUGGUGGCAGUUGA